CGAUCGUUAGCGAAGAGCUGUAGCAACGAUGUAAACAAGAUGGCGACGAACGACAGGAGUUGACCGGGAGUCUUAAUACAGCCUCUGUGGGACCGAAAUUGAGCUUAACUGUUCCAAGUGUUUGGAAGAAUGGAAUUGUGCAGAAAAAAGGAAGUGAGCGAGAGAAUGGAAGUGUGCAAGAUGGAUGCCAUGUUGGUUGUAGACUCAUACAAGAAGAACGCAUACUCUGACAAGGUGUCAUUUGACAUCAACCCCCGCAUGCUAAAUGAGACGCCAUCCUCUGUAAUAGUAAAAUCACAGGAUGAUUACAACCCCGAGGUAUGCAUCAAGAAAACCCCGAGCCAGGAAUGGGAGCUUGAUGUACGUCCCCUCAUUUCAACAAAGAAAUGGCUCCAGAAUUACGGCCUUCACAAGAACAAGCUUACAUUCGCACAGAUAUUGCCAGUCAUUGGCUUCAAGAUGGCUGAAGAUUUUGACCCGACGUUGAAGAGGCCUGUGUCAUCAAGAUAUGCUGAGGGAAGAUUUCACCAACUCAUGAGGCCUGAUGGGAAAAUGUUCAAUGUCACAUGUGGACGAGAGAAGCUACGCCAGCUGGAUGCUCGUCUCCAGCAGGCCAUCCACCUGUACAAGCGUCGUCUUGAGUGGCUGACCACCGAGAGUCGUCGGGUGUUUGGCGUUAUCGAGGAGCGAGCCAUCACCAUUGUGCUUGACAUCCGCAACAUGUCGCCUCAGCAGUUUGACCUCUACAGGAUGGCCCUUGAACGCGUCAUAUAUGAACAGAUCACCCAGAUUGCCAAAUUUAACCUUAUCAGGGCCUCAGAUGACAUCAAGAUGUACCAGGAUCACUGUGUUCCAGUGACCCAUGACACCAUUGAGAUGGCCAUCAAGUGGCUUUGGGGUCUGGAUCGCCUCGGGGCUGUCUCCAGCACUGCUUGCGUCGAGUCCAUGCUCCGUGCCUUUGAGGAUAAACAGAAUGAGGCUGUUUACCUCUUUACAGAAGGAUCUUCUGUUGACACCUGUAGACAACUGCUCAAGGAAAAGGUGGCAUCAGUUUGUUGCAAGCCGCCCGUGAAUGUCGUCUCCUAUAACUGUGAGAACUCAGACACUGUUCGCUUUCUCCGAGAGUUUGCUGAGUCAGCCAAAGGAAAAAUCCAUGUUUACGCAAUCAUAAUGGAGAUGGACUCUUUUGAGGGUCUUCCAGUGGACCCCAACACCAACAAGGCAAACAUCCUGCUGAAAAAGAAAACAUUUGGGGGAAUACCCCCAGGGGCGGGAGUGCGGGAAGACGUGAUCCUCCUCUUCCAGCAGAUGGAGGAGGCUCGUAACAACUUGCUGCAGAUACAGAAGCUGAUCACCAUCACCCCAGAGCCCAAUGUUGUUCUAGAAGCUAUGCAGCCUUCUAGCAAGAAGGAACUAGGAAAAUUCCAAUUUGUGUCAGAGCUUGCCCCUCAGGUUGACUCCAGCAUGAUAAACGAGCAGUACAUGAGUUCCUGCCAUUGGCUGGCCAAGUAUGGACUCGGUGCACGAAAGCUCGAGCUGUAUGAUGCACUGGCGGCUGUGGCCUUUCACCACCGUGAUGGGGUGGUCGACCUUCAGACACACCCUGGGGAGGAGUGCCAGACUGAUGCUUUACGAUUCAAGAAGUUAGUGAAUGCCAAAUACUGUGACAGAUUCCCUGUAGUUCGCUGGAAGGACGGAAAGGUUGUGCACGUCCAGGUGACCCCAGAACUCCACCGGACUUAUGAGCAAAAGGUGCUAACAGCCCUACGAGCCAUCCAGAGCCGUAUAGACUGGCUGAACCAGGGCAGUCGCGCGCUAUUUGGGACGUUGAUUGAAGACCAAGUGUACAUUCUGAUUGACACGUCAGAGUCCAUGGUUCCAAGCAUACAGUAUGUGAAGGACAAGCUCUUCCUUCUCAUGCAGGAGCAAUUACGCCACAAGAUGAAGUUCAACCUAACAGCGUUCAACUCGAAGGCACAAGUGUGGCAGAAUCGUCUCGUUGAGGUGACUGAGACGAGCCUGGAAGGGGCUUGGCGCUGGAUCCAAGGUCUCUCAUGCUGGGGAUCUACUAACACGUACGCAGCCCUGCAACACGCCCUGUCAGACCCUGGCACACAGGCGAUAUACCUGCUCACUGAUGGCAGGCCUGACCAGCCUCCAAAGUCCAUCAUAGCCCAGGUUCAGAUGCAACACAGUGUUCCCGUGCACACGAUUUCCUUCAACUGUAACGACACAGAGGCUAACAUAUUUUUACAUGACUUGGCAGUGGCCACAGGGGGAAGAUACCAUUACUUCUCUGAUAAAGGAUGUGAUCCAGAGGGCCAGCCGGAGUCUUUCGAGAGUGAGGAUAUCCGGCUACUGAAGGAGGAGCUAAGUCGCGGCCUGGAAAACCUGGACAGGGUGGCCGAACUGCGUGAUGAGUGCUCCAAACUCUCUUGGAAGAAGGGCAUUGAUGAACUCAAAUCUUGCUCAAGAGCUCAUCCAUUGCCCGGCAAAGACAGGGUGUCUGCUGUGCCUGCUAUGGAGCCCCAGGAGUUGUACAGGUCCCACACGCCUACUCCCCCACCCCGUCCCGGCAGUGCCCCGCCAGACAGGAGCCACACUCCUACCCCACCCCCUCCCAAGGUCACAACGUCUGUGGAGAGUCGCAGUUUUACCAUGGCGAAGAGGAAGACCAGCAAGACCAGACCUAGUAGCGCUAGGGGUUCAAUGAAACCGUUGGCAGCUGGUCACACACGCACCAGCCUGCUGCGAACCCUGAACAGUCAGGGAAGCUUUGACCCCGAGGAAUGGCUGCUGCCGGAAACCAAACAGUUGUUUGAGAAACAGGCAACCAGACAGAAGAGACUUGCUCAAGGCCCUGAAAUGGGUCAGAUAUUCCUGUCAGAUGGUGAAAGUGUUCUAGAGGAAAAUGCUAUGUCGCCACGAGUGUUAGACAUAGUCGAGGCCCGGGAGAGACAUGCCUUCAGAGGUUCAGUCAGGAGGUUCUCAAAACUGCGUACUGUGUCGAGCAAGGAAUGGCUGAAGAAGAACAGUCUGGUUGCAAAACAAUUGACAUUAUUGGACGCUCUUGCCCCUACGCUUGUUACCCAUAAAGCAAAGUAUGUCCCCAUCCUGGACAAACACGUCAUGGCAAAGGUCUUCGAUGAGAUUCUGCCUAUUGCCCACGUGUCUAACAAGUCCCGCCGGUCGAUAAAGCUUAUCAAUCCCCAGGGGGUCAACCUCAAGGCUUACGAAGAACGACUCCUCAGGCAGAUAGAUAUUUACAAUAGGAGACUGGAUGCCCUGGUGUGGGGAGCUGUGCCCAGGGAUCUUAGAGAUGAAGAGUUUGGUGAGGAAAAGGGUCCUGUGUCCUUCCUUAACAACCGUAUAUGGUUCAUGAAGGCCCUGGAGGAAGCCCAAUGGCCUAUCAGCAGCUACAACAUCAUUUUACUGGAGGAGGAGAUCGGUAAGGCUGAACGAUUCCUACAGCAGUCCAGAGACUUACGCAACAUAACUUCGGGAAACAAAGAGACAGACGAGCUCUCUGUGUAUUCAGACAGGGGGAGCGUAGCGUCCGGCCUAUCUAACAAGUCAAAAGAACUCUCAAAAUCAAAGGAGUCUGUUUCAUCAUCAGGCUCAAGUUCAUCAAGCGGUUCAACCUCCACUGCAAGGUCGAAGACGUCAAAAUGCUCGAAAAGAUCAUCGUCUCAAUAUGUGCAGGUACUGGAGUUCAGAGAGGUGAUACCUAUGCCUUCAAGGAAAUAUGAUUUAGGCGUUGUGAACGCCGAAGGUGACAUAUCGGUCGAUUCCAAAAAAAUGGGUUCAAAACGAGUUAUCCGUAGUGUCUCACUUAAAAGCUCGAGUGAGAACAUUUUCCUACCGAGUGAAAAAAAACGGAAUUACAUUUUUGAGGUGUCAAAGUCGCCUAGGUCACCACAAUACCAGGUUCAUUGUGUGAAAUCAAAGCCUGGAACUAUCAUGAGUGGAAAAAAGAAGACCAGAAAGAGAACUGAGGUGAUACCAGAGCAACAUGGAGGCUUGGUUCUCCCUGAAGGCCCCCAGGUUGUGAUUUCUGACACCGAGAGCCAGGACUCAAACGCCUCACUCGUCGACUACGAGAAAGAUAUGGUCGGUCUGCGAGUGAUUGCUUGCGAUAAGCGGGAUGGCUUGUAUUAUCCAGGUCAUGUGACAAUUUCCCAGGAGUCAGCAUUUGCCAUGGUAACAUUCGCUGGUGACCGGCGGCAGAAAGUCCGAUCCCAGAUGAUCAUUCCUAUGAGUGGGGCUAUCCCGAGACCAGAACUUAGGUUGGGAGAUUUUGUUCUGGUACAAGUGACGCACCCAAGGCGGGAGAUAAAAUGCUACGUCCCUGGAAUCAUCGAGGUUACACCCAGAGACUUUCAGAGUCCAGCGAAGUUCUACACCAUCUUGCUCUACAAUGCUCAGAGGGCCACAACCAUGAGAAGAAACAUCGUGAAGAUUGGCCGGGAGAGAUUUGAAAUGGCUGUGAAUUACAUUGCACAUGUGCAGCACCAAAAACAACUCAGAAUGCAAGCUAGUAAGCAGAUUGUUUCCAUGGAGACGACCCCAUGUGAUUUACCUGAUGACUCAUCCUCUGUUGCCUCUUCCAAAUCCAGCAGAUCUUACCGCAAAAAGAAACAGAAAAUCACUCAGAAACUCAGCAAGAAGUCUAGCAAAGGCCGGUCAAGGAAACCAAGGUCAGAAUCUGAAAGUAGCAGAUCAUCAAGGUCAAGGUCAAAGAGUAGCAAUUCUUCAAGGUCAUCUUCAAGGUCCUGCUCAGGUGCCAAGUCAAGAGCACAACCUGGUGCAUCAAGGUCAAGGUCACAUUCUUCAAGAUCAAGGUCUAGGUCUGACUCUGGAUCUAGGUCAUAUUCUUCAACAUCCAGAUCUAGGUCAAGGUCUAGGUCAAGCUCAUCUAGGUCUAGAUCCCGGUCAAGGUCACAGUCAUCAGAAAGAGGCAGAUCAAGAAAUAGAUCUAGGUCAUGGUCAGGAUCAUCUUCAACACUGAGGUCAAGGUCACAAGAAAAGGGAAAAAAGUCUCAUGCUAAAAGCAGGAGCAGCAGUGACAACACAACACCACGUGGCCGUGCCUCUCCAUAUGCCCGCCCGGAGAGCCCUGUGCCUAAAGCCCGCCCCAAGUCCCCGCCCCUGCCCAGAACAGCCAGCGUUGUUGGGAAUGUGACAAGAUCAGACAUGUACUCUGAGCGUACGGACUCGCGACAUGUGAAUGUAGACGAGAAGGAGGAGAUUAUCCAACAUCUACAGUCACAGCUUGAGAAACAGAAACGCAAACAGUUCAGGCAGGAACGGAGGCUGGUACGCCAGGCAAGAAAGAUCAACAAAAUAAAUAAGAAACUGAAGGAAGGGGAGUUUAGCUCACAAAACAUUUCCCAAGAAUCAAGAAUCUCACAAUACUCAGAAAAAUCUGUUACAAGAAGUCAGUUUACAUCUUCUUCAGACACAGAUAUGACACCGGGAAGAAGGAAGACCAGUCCUGAUGGCACUAGUUUUAAGGAGACAUCCAACAUACGGGGUAGCAGCCAUCAAAAUGACGAUAUUUAUGAACAUGAGGAGGUUCUGGCACGCUGGACGGAUGACGGCUGGUGGUAUCGUGGCAGAGUUGAGGGACGGGGGGAGGAUGAAACAUAUGUGGUUGUGGAUGCAACUGGAUACAGUGAGCAGAUGGCUCGUGAUGACAUACUCUCAGAAAACCAACACAAGUUUGAAGUCGUUCAGCCACAGGACUUUGUGAUAGCUCCCCAUCCAAAGUAUGUGUUCAGUUUUGCUCCUGGAGAGGUCUUGCAAACAUACGCCAACCAGAAUGUCAAAGUGGAGUUUUACGAUGGAAAUAUUGCUGAUCUACCUUCUGAUGGUGUAUACCGUGUCAGUAAAGCCAAGUACAAUCAGACAGUGGAUUACAUCAAGAGGAAGGAGAAGGACCUUCACGGGAAGUCUGUGGUUGCUAGAGAUGAUUCGACAGGGGUUUACAAACUUGGUGUGGUGGACUCACGUGUAGGGCUUGGCCAGCAAUAUUACAUCUGCUGGCUGGAUGGUGACAUGAGCAAGCAGAAUGGCCACCACAUCUUUGAAGUUGGCCAGCGCCAGGGACGCCACAAUGACUGGGAUUUUGUCCUUGCCCCGGUAGAUGACAGGAAGAAGGUUUUCCUGCCCGCCACUGUGGCAUACUCUUCCCCAUUUACUGUAGAGUUUUGUAAUGGGAAAAGUUCAUCUCGUGUGAAAAGGGACCAGUGUUUCUGGCUGAACCAGGAAUACUACAGGAAUGCUGUGGAGUUUUACAGAUCCAAGAACACAUAACCACAUGGGCAUGACCCUUUGCCAAUCCAGGAAAAGGGCCACCAAGACGCAAUUUUACCGCUAUACUUAACAGGUCUUGGACUUGUUUUGAUGAUCUUUAUUUACUGAGAUUUGCAAUGCAGUCUAGCUGGACUUCAGCAUUUGGCCUUCCAAUUGCAAUGUUUUGUGUUUUAAGUCAUGUAACUUAUUUUUUCAGAGUUGUGCUUCUACAUGUACGAGUAUGUAUGAAUGUAUGUAAGUUGCGUCAUGAAUGUUAAAACUAUCUUGUACUGCAUCUGUCUCCCAUUUUCCAUCAUCAUGUCUAGAUUUGAAGUUAGAUUAGUAAAUGUACACCAGUUUAGGAGCACAUGGUGCUUGACGGCAAUUUUUAUAUAUAAUUAUUCAGAAUGAGUGUCAUUUCCUUUGAUAAGAUGUUCAGUACAUUUUCAUAUUGACUAGAAUUCUUAGCCUUUAAAUCCCCGAUAUUUAUUUUAUUGUAUGUUAUUGCGGGUAAUGCUGACUGCGUAACAGCUGUUUCAAAUGAUGACAUAUAUAUACAAAUCAUGUCAAUGUUAAAUUUCGUAUACAUGUAUUUGUACGUUACUUUUUGUUAUACAGUUAUAACAUAUUGUUUUAGUAGGCUUUUUCUGACGAAUUGUUUAGUAUGUGCUUUUAAAAGUCUGUGAUAAGAUUAGAAAUAAACACUUUAUUUCCUA